GCCUCAUUCACAUUGAUCUUCAAAUUGUGCUGUGACCCAAUAAUCGAAUCACAAUUGGGUUUCAAUCUUUCAUCUCUCACUCCCUCACACCACAACCACAAGCCUUGGCUCUGUUGCUUCAAUAAUCUCUCUGUUUUCCUUCACCUUUUCCUACAUAUUUUUUAAUAUUAAACAAAAGAAAACGGUCCACGUUCACUGAUAUAUGCAAUCCUGUUGAACAGUAACGAAAAGGGUCAUUUUAUUUAUAUAUAGUUUCAGUUUGUGAAGUCUGAACAAGAAAACCAAAGCCAACUUCGAAAACGUCAGAGAGAGUUCUCUCUUUCUCUUUCGUUCUGUUCCCUCUGCUUUUGCGGCUUCUCGCCGCCUUUGCCGUUCGGUUCUGCUUUUUCUGUGCCAAUUGGUGGCGCGCUUUUAUUACAUUUUGCUCAGUUUUCAAGCUUCUCUCCGCAACAACAUCAAGUGUGAAUCUCCAUAUAGCAGUGAAGGCUUUUUUGGUUUUUGGGAGAUAUACAGAGAGUAGAGAGAGAUAGGGAGAUAGAUCUUCUUCUGGUUGCUUCAUUUUUCACCUUUUUAAAUAAAGAGACAUCACCACUUGCCACUAAGAUCCAUCAGGUUCAAGACACUGCUUUUUCUAGUUCUUGAAUAAAUGGAAACAAAGCAAGCAGAGGAAGCAAUAGUAACUAGCUUAAAUGAGGCAGAGAAUGAAGUGGGUGGUGGAAGAGAUGAAGAGGAGGAGCAAGACCAAUCUGCGUUCAGUAUCAAAAACCUCCUUUGGCACGGUGGUUCUGUUUGGGACGCUUGGUUCAGCUGUGCUUCAAAUCAAGUAGCUCAAGUGCUGUUGACACUGCCAUAUUCUUUCUCUCAACUGGGUAUGCUAUCAGGGAUCUUACUUCAGAUAUUCUAUGGAAUCGUUGGAAGUUGGACAGCCUAUCUAAUCAGUGUUCUCUAUGUGGAGUACCGUACUAGAAAGGAAAAGGAAAAUGUCAGUUUCAAGAACCAUGUCAUUCAGUGGUUUGAAGUGCUUGAUGGGUUACUGGGUCCAUAUUGGAAAGCGGUGGGGUUAGCCUUCAACUGUACUUUCCUUCUCUUUGGAUCUGUGAUACAGCUUAUAGCAUGUGCAAGUAACAUCUACUACAUAAAUGACAAAUUGGAUAAACGGACUUGGACUUAUAUUUUUGGAGCUUGCUGUGCUACCUCUGUGUUCAUACCCUCCUUUCACAAUUACCGUAUUUGGUCAUUUCUGGGACUUGGAAUGACCACUUACACUGCUUGGUACUUGGCUAUAGCAUCUCUUAUCCAUGGACAGGCAGAAAAUGUGACACACACGGGUCCAUCAAAGCUAGUGCUGUACUUCACCGGAGCCACCAACAUAUUGUACACGUUUGGUGGACAUGCAGUUACUGUAGAGAUUAUGCAUGCCAUGUGGAAGCCACAGAAGUUCAAGUACAUAUACUUGCUGGCCACUUUGUACGUUUUCACACUAACUCUUCCUUCAGCAGCUGCUGUUUACUGGGCUUUUGGUGAUGAGCUUCUCAAUCAUUCCAACGCCUUCUCUCUCCUACCCAAAAAUGGAUUUCGUGACGCUGCUGUAAUCCUUAUGCUCAUUCACCAGUUCAUCACAUUUGGUUUUGCGUGUACUCCACUGUACUUUGUCUGGGAGAAGGUAAUUGGGAUGCAUGACACAAGAAGCAUUUGUAUGAGAGCACUAGCAAGGUUGCCAGUGGUUAUACCCAUUUGGUUCUUGGCCAUAAUCUUCCCUUUCUUUGGGCCCAUAAAUUCUGCCGUUGGAGCUCUACUUGUUAGUUUCACCGUCUACAUCAUCCCCUCCACAGCCCAUAUGCUUACUUACAGAAAAGCCUCCGCAAGACAGAAUGCUGCAGAGAAACCCCCUUUCUUUAUGCCAAGCUGGACUGCAAUGUAUGUAUUUAAUGCAUUCAUUGUGGUGUGGGUUUUGGUGGUUGGGUUUGGGUUUGGAGGAUGGGCCAGCAUGUCCAACUUCAUCAAGCAAAUUGACACAUUUGGGCUCUUUGCAAAGUGCUACCAAUGCAAGCCCCCAACUCCACCAGCCAUGGCAGCAGCACCACCCCCACGUGCCCAUCAUCACUGAUUAACCACCCCAACAUAAUAGAGUUCAGCUGAAACUACAGUUCCAUCAAUAUUUUGUAUCAUACAUGGGGGAUCGUAGUAAUACUCCCCCUUAAUUUGAUGUGUGUUGGUUGUGUUUUGCAAUUUUCAUUUUUCUCUUUUUCUUGUUAUACUAUAUAGGUUUUCUUUUACCCUUUGAGAUUAGUCAAUUAAAAUUUUAAAAUAGUGUGACCAAUGGGUAUGAUUCCUUUGCUAUAAAUGCAUAGGCUAAUUAAAUUACUAUGUUUGGGAUCUUUUCCCCCCUUUUUUAAUUUUUGUUUGGAGAUAGUAUGAGAUUUUGUUUCCAAUUUAUUUUUGUGCUUGUAGAUUCAGUUUCAUUAUUACUUUGCAUGUUUCCAAAAUAUGCCACUUUGUGGAGGGAUAGGUUUGUAGGCUAUUGUUUACCCUUUCUUGUUUAAUUGCGCACUUCAAGCUUUUAGAUUCCUCGCCUUUCAAUUUUAUUCAUAGUGAAUGUA